GCUUUUGUCAAACUCUCUCAUAUGCUAUUUUCAAACAUUUAGCCGGUGAACGUAUUCCUCUAACUGUAAUCGUAACUUAUUGAACUGUUGAGUUACUCAUUUUGACAACUAUCACAAUCAUUCAUUCGGUAUGGACGAGGAAGAUUUAUUGGAUCGUCAUAGACAGGAGAAAAAGGAAUUGAAAUCCAAAGUAGUUGAACUCAAAAAAGGAAUACCAAAAAAUGACAAAAAGAAAAAAAAGGAAAUCAUGGAUGAAAUAACCAGAUUAGAAACGGAACUACGAGUUAAGCAAGAAAGAGAAUUGGAUGGAUUUCUCAAAACUUGUUUUGGAUCUAAAUCGGAUGCAGAUGAUUCAAAAUCUAGUGAAGGUGUAGAUGAUAUUCCUGCCAUUGAAAAAUUAUCCAUUGACGAUGAUGAAGAUGGUGAAGAGUCAGGUGGUGAUCAAUUCAAUAAUCUUUACCAAGUCCGUAAAAUAUCGAAAGCUCAACGUAAAAGAGACAAGAAGGCUCAAUUGGAGAAGGAGAAACAGGAAAGAAUUGAAGCCGAGUCCAAAGAGUUAUACCAAAAUAGUGCUAAAAAACUGGAAGAAGAUCGAUUCAAAGCUAUUUUAGAUGGCUUAGGACUUUCUCUUUAUGAUAUUCCAUCUGAUGGUGAUUGUAUGUUCAAAGCAAUCGAGCACCAGCUGAGUCUCAGAGGUAGAAAGACAAAUGUUCAAGAACUACGAUCAGUUUGUGCAAGUGAAUUAAGAAAAAGAACUGCCGAUUUCCUGCCAUUUCUAAUUAAUACUGAUAGCGAUGAUAUUAUGGAUGAGGAAAGAUAUCACAGAUAUUGUGAUAAAAUUGAAAAAACUAAAUGUUGGGGAGGAAAUAUCGAAUUGCAAGCUCUUUCAUACGCUCUGGAAGUCCCAAUUAAAGUAAUUCAAGCCACUGGACCAUCAGUAGACAUCGGUAUAGAAAGAUACUCAUCACAACAGCCUCUCAUUAUAAGUUAUCAUCGACAUGCUUACCAAUUAGGCGAACAUUAUAAUAGUAUCAUUCCUGAUGGAUCAAAUCCCCACUGAAAUUAUAUCGAAGUUGUUUAUACCACUUGUUUACCUUUUUAUAUUUUAAAGUGGUCACUCGACUCUGUUAAUUUUCGGGUUGUUAAAAUGAGGCACUUUCACUAUAAAAAAAUUUCUAUUCAUUGAUAAAACGCAUAAGAAAAUAUGUUAAACUGAUUAAUUGUAACUUUCUCUUGUGUUGAUCGUAUUCAUUUUAGUCUCUUUAAAAGUUUAACUUAUGGGCACAUGAUUUGUAAAAGCCUUCUAAAUCCAUUAUAAAAAUAGAGUGAAUUUUCAAAUGAAA